ACUCGAUCAUGAAAGGAAGCAACGCAAAAGACAUUUUAGUCAAUAACUCAAACAAAGAAAUGAGCGAAAUGCAGACUAAAAAUCAGGUGGAGGAUUCGAUUAUCCAGGAAUCAUUGCUUACUUGCAUUGAUCUUGCAAACUCUGAUCUUCACCAAUCAGCUCUUUUGCUCAAGAAGGCAUGUCUGGAUAGUGGAUUUUUCUACGUUAUAAACCACGGAAUAAGCAAAGAAGUCACGGACAAGGCUUUCGAGCAGAGCAAAAAGUUCUUUGCUCUUCCUUCGGAGGAGAAGAUGAAAGUGUUGAAAAACGAAAAGCAUCGUGGCUAUACACCUUUGUAUGAUCAAAUCCCUGAUCCUGAGAAUCAAGUCCAAGGUAUGUGUAACCAGUUUUCACUGCAAUUGUUGUGA